AUGAACACCGACCUGAAGCCGGGCAAUGCGGAGGCAGCGAAGCUGACGGGGGCCAUGCUCCUGAGGGAGUUCUUGAUGCUGUGGGUGGCUCCGCUUCAGGCGCACUCGCGUCCUUUGUGGAGGCUUGGGGACGAAGAAGACAAGGUUCGCUUGAGCCCAGUAGCCCUGUCUGACGAGGAGCUAGCCGUAGCUCUCCGCCUCUUGGUCGGGGAUGACCAAGAGUACCCGUCGAGUGUCUUCAUUCCCCUGUUCCACCGUACGGACAUGGCGCGGGUUGUGGCCGCCAGGCCAACCUUUGACGGGCACGGGCUGGUGCCGCCAGCGCCUCCUGCGGUCUCGGCUGCGACGGUGCCGGUGGAGGUGUCCUCUAACGAUUCUCGCAAGGAGGAGGAGGAGGAGGAGGAAGAUGAGGACGAGGAGCGUGACUCGGAGGCGACACCCGAGGGUAUGGGGGAGACCUCCCCCGUGCGCAAGGCUGACCUCCUCCGCACCAUGCCUGACGACGACGAUGAGGCAGACGACCUCCAGAGGGGGGAGCCACCCGUGAUCCCGACGAGGGGCCGGUCGGCGCUGAUCUCCCGAGAUGCUACUUCUGCUCCGACGCCGUCUGGGGCUGCUUCUAGCCUGUCUGUUGCUCCUUCCUGUGCCCCUAGGGCCCGUGCGCCCGCGCCCCAAGCUGGGAAGCUCUCGAGCUUCAAACUUACAAAGAGGAGGGUGGACUACACCAUGGUGGACCAGCUGCCGUCUGUGGCGAAGAAGAGGAAGGAUGGUACGGUGAUUCCGUCCGGGGCCGAUCCAUCCGCGGCGGCCAUACCUCCCUCCGUGGGGAAGGAGAGCGACGACGCUCACACCUCCCCGGCCCGGUCGGCCUCGCGAGGCCCGGAAGGACAUCCUCGUGAGGAGUCAGCCCCCGCGGCCCUGCUGGCUCCGGAGGUGCUGACACCCGGCGCGGCUGCUGAGGUGCCCAAAGCUCGGGAACCCCCAGUCUCCCAAGCCAUGGUGACGUCGUCGCCUCUUCCUCCCCCUGCUGCACCGCUGGUUCCAGGUCCUUCUGCUUCCCCUGACGUCUUGGAGCAUGCCCUUUCUGAGAUGACCCGGCUGCAAGAAGAUCUCCAGGGCUCCGAACCCCACCUGGCAGCUGGGCGCCUGGAGCUGGCCUCUGGCUGGCUUCAUGCCGACAUGUCCGUUCGGGCGGCGCUGAGCCAGGCCGCGGCGACCUCCGAGGGGGAGAAGCAGGCUGCCGCCCAGGCAGCAGCUACUUGUGAGGCGGCGGUGAAGGACGGCAAGGCCGCCUAG